CACUCUACCGCUCCAAGCCCCAAACUUCUUUAAUUUAUCUUCCCGCAGACUUGAGACCGCAGUCACCGCAGGCCCGCCGCCCACCGCUCACCGGAGGCACCGCCCAGUCUCCCACUGCCCACCGCCUGCUGGCUGCCUGCACGCCCCAAUCGCUGCCUGCACGGCUGCACGCCUCACGCCCUCACGCGACUCACUCCGGCACCAUAGCUACUGGAGUGAAUUACUACAGGUCUAGUGCACUCUGGUCUGCCUUGAUGCUGAAUUUGAGCAAUGACAGAUUCUGCCUAUGCCUUGAUGCUGAUUAUGUAUUUAUUUAUGUGCAUAUAGUACUUUCAAAUUGAAUUCAAGAAACCAAUUAUAUGAACCUUGUUAGUUGCAGAGUGAUAUUGAGCAUAGCAGUUCUAAAUUUAAUUUUGCCAUAAUUUUAUCCGAAUUGCAUGCCAGUAUCUAGUCUAGUGAUUGCUAUUUGCAGGAAAUAGUCUCUGGAAAAAGAUUUCUAUUUCUUCGAUGUGAAUAUUUGAUCACUGUUGAUAUAUUACUAUUACAUGUUAUUAGUGCACUGUAAGUCUGUAAUCACUACUAUUAAGUAGUGCACUCCAAAGUUCAAAGUUCAAACUUCAUAAUGUAUGGUUAAUUCCUUAAUUUAAAAUUCUGACUUCUUAGUGUCUCCAAUCUCCAUUGCUACCGGAGUCAGGACUAGAGCACUUCCAUUCUUCCUGCAGGCAACAGUGAGCACUUCCAUUCUUCCCACAUGCAACAGUGCAGCACCGCAGCAGCCAGCAGUCCCCAAGCGUCCGACUCCAGUCUCCAGUAGGCAGUGGGAAAUUCAUCUAGCAUGUAUUGGGAAUGUGGAACAGAGGUCUAAGCCGUCGAUUAUUCUUCGUGGUCAGGCAGUACUCCUCGCAAAGAUGUGGCAUUUCUCUUAAUGAUGAUUCUGUGAUCCGAGUUUCAAACAAUGUUGCCCAUUUGGGCUGCCCCAGGGAAGGGUCAAAGCCGCCCCAGCUCAUGUCUUUACCCCCAUUUCCGGGCCACUGUUUGCCUGGAAAGAAAUCCACUACUGUUCCGGGCCGAUCGUCUCAUCGCAUUACUGCUAUUAGCUGGCUAAAGUAUUACUUUGACGAAAUACCUGGUCCUGUUAUUCAAUCUCAUUUCAAUAAGGGUCUGGUGCAGAUGCAAUGCCAUGAUUCAUCUAGUGUCGAAAGGCCUAAAAUUUCCAUGAGAAAGAUUAAGCAUCAUGAGGUCAUGGAGAUGGGUGCAAGAGUUUAUGUACCUGUAUCUGUUGCAGAAUCCAAAAUUUCCAAUCGUUUUGAUAUUAUACCAAGUGGAACAAUGUGCCCCAAUGCUGACGAGAUAGCCUACUUACAAAGGCUUGUAAUUUACAAGGACUCUGCCUUAAUUGUGCUAAAUAAGCCCCCUAAACUUCCAGUAAAGGGAAACCUUCCAGUUCAUAAUAGCAUGGAUGCUUUGGCAGCUGCAGCACUAUCUUACAAUUAUGAUGAGGGUCCUAGGCUGGUGCAUCAUCUUGAUAGGGAGAGUAGUGGCCUUCUUUUAAUGGGAAGAACAGAGGAAAGCAUCUCCCUUCUUCAUUUGGUUCUCAGUGACUUAAAGAAGAAGAAAUUUCAAUCACAGGCAUGGGAUGAUUCUUGUAAGGCAACAUAUCGGAGAUAUUGGGCAUUAGUAAUAGGUUCCCCCAAAGAAAAGGAAGGCUUAAUUUGUGCACCUCUUUCAAAGGUGGUUCUUGAUAAUGGGAAAACCGAAAGGGUUAUCUUGGCUCAGAACUCAAUGUUAGAAGCUUCCCAGGAUGCUCUUACAGAAUAUCGUGUGCUGGGUCCUAUGAUCAAUGGAUGUUCGUGGAUAGAAUUGCGCCCGCAUACAAGCAGAAAGCAUCAGCUCCGUGUGCACUGUGCAGAAGCGCUUGGUACUCCAAUUGUGGGUGAUUACAAGUACGGUUGGUUCGUUCAUAAGAAGUGGAAGCAGAUGCCCCGGGUUGAUAUCGAGCCCACAACCGGGGAACCAUACAGAAUGCGAAGGCCAGAAGGGUUGGAUGUUCAGAAAGGAAGCGUGUUGUCAAAGGUUCCCUUGCUACAUCUGCAUUGCCGGGAGCUUGUACUUCCAAACAUUGCCAAGUUUCUUGAGCUUAAUAGUAAUAGUAAUAGGUUAAGGAAUUAUAAUGUGAAGAGUGAUACUGUAUCAAAACCAGAUCUCCUUCGGUUUGUAGCUCCAAUGCCACCUCACAUGAAAAUUAGUUGGAAUCUCAUGUCGUCUUACUUAAUAUGAAAACGAAAGAAGAAAAAGAAAAAAGAAACUUGAGUCUUAGUCUUGUUUCAUAUAAAUUUUUUAUUUCAUUUCUAA